AUGUGGAGCAAGCCUCGAUUUCCACAAGAGGCUUCAUUGCAAAGAGCACAUUUCAAGAUGGACGACGAUUUCUUCUUGCCUAUUACUGAUUUAAGAUUUCAACUUGAAGACGACGAUGAUGAGCUGGGCUUAUCAAACAGAGAAAUUGUAAAUGAAAAAGAUAAAUCUCCUUCACCAGUUCAAGAGGUAAGAAAGCGUCCAAAAGGAAAAAUUAGAACGUCAAAUGGCACAAUCGAAGACGGGAAUCUUAGUUUAAAAGGGAAGAAAUCAGCCUGCAGAAAGGACAUUGGCGACGUACAGGAAACAUGCACCGAUUCUGGAUUUCAAGAUUCAAUUAAAGAAAGGAUAAGGAAGAAAAAGAAGAAGAAAAAGAAAGUUUUAAAGAAAGACCAUAUCGUUCAAGCUUCCUCUGAAAAUUCAUCAUUAGAAGAUACAGACAACACCAAAGAAGAGGUUUUCAAAUACAUCAAGAAAUUGAUCAAAAUUGGGAAAGUGAUUGAAAUCCGAAAGCUGAUAAGAAGAAUAAAGAUCCUUAAACUGAAAAAAGGGAAUGCUCAACAGCAAGCACAGAAUUCAAGAAAAGCUAGCAGUUUAUUAGAAAGAGUAAACACAUUAAAGGAAAUGGAUUUUGAUGCUGAAAUUCGUAGCUUUGCCACAAUUUUGGUCAGUUUUUCAAAGUCUGACAAAUUGCAGUCAGAUUCAUCAGAAUUUAACUGGGUUGAAAUGUUAAAGAACACAUAUGAUAAAAAUUCAGUUGCAGAGAUGUGUUGGAGAUUGUUGGAAAAGAAUGGUGUAAAGGCCCACAUAAAUGAUAUGUUGAAUGGCAUCUUGAGGAAAAAUGUAGGUAAACAAAAAGAAUUAAAGUUUCCAGAUAAAGUAGAAAGUACACCUGUAAUUAUCAGGGAAGAAAGAGUUAUAAGUACACCUGUAAUUAUCAAGGAAGAAAGAGUUAUAUCAUUAAAAAUGGAUGCCACUCAUGAAGACAUGGACAGUAAAAGUGAAGUUGUAAUUAAACAACAGGCCCCAUUCAGAAUGAAAGUAAAAGAUUCUAUAAAAGUGCAAAAUGAAGUAAAUCAUAAAAGAGUAUUGAAUGAAAAAGUGACUGAUAAGCAAAGAAAAAAGCCAAAACUUGAAAGAAAGAUUUCAUCAAAGACUUUCAAUGGACCAAAAGAGAGAAAGAGAAAUAAAGGAGAUAAUAAUGCUGUAAAUAGUGACAAGAGAAAGAAAUUGCUGUUUGAAAAGAUGAAGAAACUUAAACAGAAAAAUGGGAAUAGACUUGGGCAGAGAGCUAGAAGAGAAUUAUGGGAAAAGAUAUAUGGGGGUGAGGCUGAACAUGUAAAAAAGGGAAUUUCAUUGCAAAGAAAAGGCGGUUUUUCAGCAAAACCAGGUUAUCAAAAUAAGAGAUACAAAGAUAGUAACCAAAGGCAUGAAAAUAGAACAUAUAACAAUGAUAAAGGUCAAAGAAAACGACUUGGCGAAGAAAAAUUGCAUCCAUCAUGGCAAGCUAAGAAAAUGCAAAAACAGCAAAAUAACAUUGUUGAAUUCACUGGCACCAAAAUUACAUUUGAAGACUAAAAUCUGUAUGAUAGCCUUAUUUUUUUACUCUUUAAAGCUAGGUAUAAAAGCUAUGUUUUUAAAUUAAUUUUGAAAAAGAUCAUG